AUGCCCGGUUUUCACAAGAUGCCUCGCCCCGACGCUUCUCCUUCCUUUGCGACGAAUCCGGUCAUUGAACGGACCCAGUCGCAAUGGCUGUUCAGUCCGGACGAACUUCUCCUUUCCCCCAGCAUUGUGGAAGGGAUGCCCGUGGCACAAGAACUGGCAAACCGGCAAAAGGGGGUGAAUUUCAUUACUCAAGUCGGCAUCAUGUUGAAACUACCUCAGUUGACCCUUGCCACGGCUUCGGUUUAUCUGCAUCGAUUCUUUAUGCGGCAUGCGAUGGUUCAGAGCAAUAAACCAGGUCUCCACCAUUACUCAGUCGCGGCGACUGCUUUGUUCCUUGCCACCAAGGUGGAGGAAAACUAUAGGAAAAUGAGGGAGCUCGUGGUGGCGUGUUGCCGCGUUGCCCAGAAGAAGCCUGAUCUGGUGGUGGAUGAGCAAAGCAAGGAAUACUGGAAGUGGCGAGAUACGAUCCUGCACAAUGAAGAUCUACUUCUCGAGGCUCUCUGCUUUGAUUUGCAGCUUGAGUUGCCAUAUCGCAUACUGCUUGAUUUCUUGCGAUUCUACGAUGUUCAAGAGAACAAGCAUCUUCGCAACACUUCUUGGGCUUUUCUCAAUGAUUCUCUCGUCACCACCAUGUGCUUACAACUUAGCCCCAGCUCGAUUGCGGGCAGCGCCUUGUACAUGGGAGUCAAAUUUGCCGGCACCACACUGCCAGAUGAUGACCGAGGUCGGCCGUGGUGGGAACAGCUGGGCCUGGAAGUGUCGGAUAUCCAGCGAGGCUGCAACAUAAUGGCCGAGGUCUAUGAGAAUGCCGCACUGCCACGACAAGGCCAGAAGGAUGCCUACACUAAGGACGAGGACAUGGCCAUGUUUGACAAGACACGGCAGCCGGCCACACCUCAGGGGGACAGAUCGCCCGCAGGAAGUGGGAGGAGCGGGAGCCAGGGUGUCAAGCGUGAUAGAGACGCUCUCGACGAACAAGAAUGGGGAUCGAGCACUUCUAGGGUCCCUGUAACGGACGAUGCGCAUCCAUCGCCGAAGAGAGCCCGUCGAGAAUCCCAGGAAGCCAAGAACUCAAACUUGGCGGAUCGAGAACGGCCCUUGUCACGCAUACCUCCCGGAACGAAUUCAGCGGCGCUACCUACUGACCCUGGACCGGACGACGACGAUGUUCAGAGACGUAUUGAUGAAAUUGUUGGCAAUUCAGCACCACUACGUCAAUCGGCUCUGCCUCGACGGCCGUCUAACCAAGGGUCCUACGCCGAAGAAGCCACGCAACGGCACUCUUCAUCCGGAUCCAAUUGGAGUGGACCUCCUCCAUCACACGCCAAUGGUUUCGCCGAUCGACUGCCCCCUCAGAGCCGUCCAGACAGCCGAGACAAUGGGGUCUAUAAUCAAAGUGAACACUUUGAGCUUGCCAGACCAACCAGUCGAAUCCCACCGCUACCGAGUGACAGGGAAUCGCGUCGACGCGAGGAUCUAGAUGACGCGGUAGAUUAUGGAAGCGAAGAAGGUGAGGUUUAG